UUCCGGGCAAAAUCAAAGAUGGCGCGGUGCUAGAGCUAUUCAAGACUGAAGAUGGCAGAAGGUUUGAGUACACCAUCAAAGGGCAGAAAUCAAGAUGUGGAGCUACUGUUCCAAAAGAUGGGAGAAAAACUGGGCUGGUUCCAGCACAAAGACAUUGAUACUGCCUUGAAGAGUUUAACCAAGAGCAGCAAGAAGAAAGGCACCAGGAGCAGAGUGAAGUCUGAAGACGGAGGCAACAAGGAAAACCAGGGGGAGAAGAGGGUUGCAAACAAACAUGGUGAUGCCAAAAAUGAAUCGACCAAGGAAAGAAUGAAGAGGGCUAAAAAGAAAGCAUACAAAGCUGUUACUGAGAACAGUGCUUCACAGGAGAGUGGUGAUGGAUAUCCUCUCAAGGCAUCCAAGGCUUGUACUGACCUCACAAGAGAGAUCAAGAAGAAGAAGAAAUCUUCAAAAGCCUCCGAGAGUCCACUGAAAUGUAAUGAACCUAAGAAUGAAAGCAGCCUGAGACUCUCUGGUGGCAAUUCUGAGAAUUCUGACGUGUUUUCAGAAAUGCCAUCACUGUUAGAGGACAUUGGUGUACCGCUUGUAGAAUCAACUCGAAUCCACAGCCGCGAGAGUCUUAGUCUGUAUAGACUUCAGGACAGUUUCAUGUCCAGUGAGAGUUGUGAUUCUAGUGUUGUUCAUGACCAAAGCUCAUUCAAUAAGCUGGAAGGCAGGCCAUCUGAUGGAGCAAGGUAUUUCCGAACCGACAAAACACUGAUCCGUAUUCGCAACAGCGUCAGUGCAAAUGAGCUGAAGAGGAAGCAGCUGGAUUCCUCCACCGAGAACUAUUACUCUGUUGUGGGUGAGAGCAUCACUGAGGAAGAUAAGGAGGAGUACUACAGUGUACUAGAGGAGAGCCCUGUGGGUAGUGAGCCUGUUAAAUGUAAAUCUGAACAUGGAGAUGAAGAUGAUCCAAUCAAGGAGUCUGAAGAUGAAGCGUCGAAACUUAUGCUCCAGACACAAACAAGGAUGAAGCAAUGUCUGGAUGCUCAGGUAUGUGGUUCCGUACAGGAAAACACAGGCAUGGAACCUGUCGGCAAUCAUCAGAGUGGAGACUUAGGAAUGAGAUAUAGGGAGGUAUCUGAUGUAGGGACUGAUGAGAGUGAGGGGUCGUAUUAUGAAGUUGAGGAUGCCUGUGCACAGACAGACCUUGAUGAUGGACAGGUGGAUGCCGUGGGUCAUGGUGUCAAGGUCAUUGAUUCAGGGAGUUCGGAUGAAGGCGGCAAUAGUGACAGUGAUUUUGGUGAUGGUGCUGCUACUGUUAUUGAUAACAACCUUGGAGUCACAGAUCUGUGUGACAGACUCAAGGGGCUCCAGCAUGGAUUGAGCCAUGAUGAUGAUGGAGGAGACAGCAGCGUUGAGAGUGAAUCUGAGGAUGGGUCGGAAAAGGAACAUGAUAUAAUUUGUGAAUCAUCACCAUCGGAUUCAGAGGGAAAGGUGCUAACCGAAAAACAUGUGAUUCACAUUGGAGACAGUGAGAGUCCAGGCGAAUCUGAAGGAUCGUUUUAUGAAGUUUCUGACCAGUGUGUUCAGACUGAUCUUAACAUAUCUCAGACUGAGGAUGAUGCUGAUGUUGUUACACCGCGCACACAGACUGCGGCGGCCAGCGCUGAUGGAGCAUGUACAAGCCCAUACUUCCCUCCAAGUAAUCAUCAAGUAGGGAGUCAGCCUUGUUUGUUGAAGACCUCCAGCAGUGGAACUCCAACUCUGGCUGAACUGAAGUCAGCAACUUAUGAAAAGUUACGAAUGUCUGUGAAACGGUUCAACAAUACACCCAAUUCCCAGUCAGGACGAUUGAUGGACAAUGUGUUGAAGAAAAUUAACCUGUUUGGAUCAAACACAGGUAAUUCUAGUCUCAAAGUCUCUAGUGGGAAGGAUGGAAAUCAGGUUGAGAGUGAGAAAGAUGUCAAUCCAUCAGCUGAUAAUUUAGAUGAGAAAUUGUCAAAAAGUGGCAGAAUGGAACCGAAAUUAGCUGACGGUGAUAGCAGAGAUGCUAAGACUGCAGAUAUUGUUGCUCAGGUGAGGAAGAGUUGCACCGAAAGGCAUUUCUCUGAUAUUAUCAUUAGUGGACAGGAUGACAGCACAUCUUCAGUGGGAGGUGUCGGUAGAUCCACCAGCAGUGAGUCCUUCCAUAAAAGACAUCAAGAGUUAGAAGCUCAGGACAAGGCUGUAAAACCAGCCCACAAAGACAGUAUGGCCGUAGAAAACAUUGUAGAAAAUCUAAAACAAAUGUCGUUUGGGAGUAAGGUAGGUUGUAAGGAAGCUAACAGUGUGACGGGCAUGCCGGUUGAAACACCAAGCAGACGGUUGAAAUUGUCUUUGAAGAAGAACAGACCUGUGAAGAAAGUGUCGUCUUCUUCGUCAUGCAGCACAGAUGAGCACCCUGGGAAGAAUGAGCUGUACCAGACCGGCUACUCAUCACCUGACUAUGGUACAGAGUCUCCCAAGAGGUUAGAUGAUCAUUCAAGAGUGACGUCAAAGUGUGGCACUUCGAAGGAAAACUGUAAAUCAAGUUUUACUGUCCCAGAUUCCCCCACCCCUAAAUGACUCUGGACUGAAUGAAC